UGACCCUUUUUGUACCCAAUUUGAACCAUAGUCACCAUAGUUGGGACUGGAAGGUCCCCGAUUGAUUUCUCAGAAAAAUGGCCGACGCACAAGGGGAGGAGUUUUUGUCGUAUUUAUCUGACGAUUUCAAGGAAUAAAUGCACAAGGAACUCAACUGGUUGCCCGUAUUCUUUAAGCUUUUUUCAGAGUAUAUGCGUGGAGGGGUUUUCUGGAGCCGAGAAGACGACGAACUCCGUCCUUCUACUCUCCCCGACGGCGAUGAAUAUUUCCAACUUAAACAAGACCAUCAGAGAUUUGCUUUACAGCUACAGCUUUAUACGACAUUGGAUUCGUAGGCCGAUACUAGUUCAAUUUUGGGCACCCAUAACAACAAAAGAGGGCCGGUCUUUUCUUACAACUCGAAACCAACCUUUCUCUCUUAACACACUAUUUUGUGAUUAUGAAGUUAUUGAAGGACUUUGUGGGUAUAGGAUGAUCUGUAUGGAUUCUAAAUUUGACAUUGAUUUGGAUGGGGGAACAAGUCUUCCUGGCCGAGUGUUCAAGCAUCAAUUCCCCGAAUCCACUCCUAAUGUGGAGUUUUACUCUAUCACAGAGUAUCCACAGCGUGACGGUGCUCUACGUUGCGGAGUCCGACAAUCUUUGGCUUUCCCAGUCUUUGAAUCUUCUACCCAAAGGUGUGUUGGCGUAAUUGAAGUAGUGUCACCAGUGGAAGAAAAAUCACUAAUUUGUAACGACCUCUUUCGGUACAGAAUAUAUGAAGAUUUUGAGAAGAAAGGUCUGAAAUGUUCAGUUGGAUUCGAUCACAAGGACAUGGCAUUAGAUGAGGCUCAAAAUGAAGCUCAUACGGUUGCCUUGGAUGAAAUCAAGAACGUGUUGAAAGUCGUAUGUGAAGUUUAUGAUUUACCUUUAGCUCAGGUAUGGGUCCCAUGCAAGGUAGGUUGGCCAUGUAGGCCUCUGGUUGAUGGUGGCGUCCUUGGUGGAUGUUGUUAUUACUACAAAGAUGACUAUGGUGAAGAUGAAGAUGACUAUGGUGACAAUGACGGUGCUUUUCGUUAUAUCAGUUCUUUGUUUCACUUAAAAAAUGGCGUGGGGGUUGUUGGGAGAGCACUUUUGUCCACUAAUAUGGUAUUCUGCAGGGAUGUAACUCAACUUAGCCUAACUGAGUACCCAUUGGCACACUAUGCACUAAAGGCUAGAUUAAGCGGUUGCUUCGCAAUAUGCUUGGACAGCAAUUGCACUGGAAAUGAUGUUUACGUGCUAGAGUUUUUUAUGCCGAUGAGCAACAAUGCCAGUGAAAACCCACAUACCUCAUUGAGGAAAAUAUGGGAAACAAUGAGAGAAAAUUUCCAAACUUUAAGGAUUGCUUCUGGAGAAGAACUUGGGGAAGAAUUACGUAUUGAAGAAAUUCCUAUUCAAAAUGGUGGGGAACUUGAUAUUGUUCAAAUGCCUCAAACUACUAUAUCUUUGCCUCGGUCGGAACCCUUACAAAGUGAAUUUGAGGUAAUGCAAGUGGAUUCAUCAGAUCAACAAUUAGUGAAUGCCAUAAAUACUGGAAGCAAUGUUGGCUGUACAGAACAAAACAACUUUGCUGUUACUUGUACGCAAGGGAAAAGCACAGUAAAAGUGUCAAAAAGAAAAGGCGACAAAUCUGGAGGCACAGUAAAGAUGUCAAAAAGAGAUGGCAAUAAUAUCGGAGUUAAAAUUAAAAUUCCACCAGAGGAUAUGCUACAAAAUUCAGAAUUGAGCCUUGAGAAUGCUGCAAAAAGCCUCAAAGUUAGCAAAUCUACAUUGAAGCGUGUAUGCAGGACUUUUGGUAUAGAGAGGUGGCCACCUCGCAAGAUAAACAAGGUUGGUUGCUCUCAACUCGAUGCAUCGGCCCUGUGUGUUGAUCUGGAACAAAGCUCACUAUUGAAUCAUGAUCAUCUUCCUUCUGCUCAACCCUCAGCCACUAUUGUUCACACCGUGCCACAUGAUAUGACGAUGCAAGAUGCCAAUGUUGUGACUAUGAAAGCAAAAUAUGCAGAAGGUAAUGCAAUUAAGUUUCGUCUGUCUUCGUCAUCGGGGCUCACAGAGUUGCAGCAAGAAGUGGCACAGAGGCUAAGCCUAGAGGCUGGAACUUAUUGUGUCAAGUAUAAAGAUGAGGACGGUGAUUUGAUUUUAAUAGCUUGUGAUGGGGACUUGCGAGAUUAUAUGGGGACUUGCGAAGGCAAAACUUGUAUUGUGGUAUUGCUUGAACCAAAGUUACCAAUUACGGAUCAUCUAUAAAAGGGGAGAAAAAAAGAGAGAAAAGAACUUGCCAAUUUACCCACUGAACAAAUUGAAUCUUGCUAAAUAAGCACUUCCUCUUAAACUGCCUUAGCUUUAACUAAUGAGAUUUUACAUUUUGUGUAGUUA